AUAAUUUUUUUGUCAUUCUUCUGUCAGUUCUUCCCUUGUGUGAACUGACGAAUAUUUAGUUCAACUUUUUCGAUAGCGAUGGCUAGGAAGAUGCUUAUCGACGGUGAGGCUGAAUCGGUUCCAGGUGUAGAACAAGGGACGCAUUUUGACUUUGACUUGUUUAUUAUUGGGGCUGGAAGUGGUGGCGUUCGUGCUGCUAGAUUUUCAUCGAAUUACGGAGCUAAGGUGGGGAUUUGUGAGCUUCCGUUUAAUGCCAUUAGCUCAGAAACAAUUGGAGGAGUUGGUGGAACGUGUGUUAUUCGUGGUUGUGUUCCCAAAAAGAUUCUGGUCUAUGGAGCAUCUUUUGGAGGUGAACUUGAGGAUGCCAGGAAUUAUGGGUGGGAAUUGAGUGAGAAAGUUGACUUCAAUUGGAAGAAGCUCUUGCAAAAGAAGACAGAUGAAAUAAACAGAUUAAAUGGAAUUUACAAGAGGCUGUUAUCCAAUGCGGGGGUUAAAUUAUUUGAAGGCGAGGGAAAGAUAGUUGGUCCAAAUGAGGUUGAGGUGACACAAUUGGAUGGCACAAAACUGUCCUAUUCUGCUAAGCACAUAUUGAUUGCAACUGGUAGCAGGGCUCAACGUCCAAAUAUUCCAGGACAGGAGUUGGGUAUAACAUCUGACGAGGCACUAAGUUUGGAGGAUCUUCCUAAAAGAGCUGUGGUUCUUGGAGGAGGUUAUAUUGCGGUGGAAUUUGCAUCUAUAUGGCGUGGGAUGGGUUCUGAAGUUGAUUUAGUUUUCAGAAAGGAACUUCUGCUAAGAGGUUUUGAUGAUGAAAUGAGAGCUGUAGUUGCAAGAAAUCUUGAAGGCAGGGGAAUUAAUUUACACCCAAGGACCAAUUUGACACAGUUGAUCAAAACAGAAAAUGGCAUUAAAGUUAUUACAGAUCAUGGCGAGGAGCUGAUUGCAGAUGUUGUACUAUUUGCCACAGGGAGGGCUCCUAAUUCUAAGAGGUUGAAUUUAGAAGCUGUAGGUGUUGAGGUUGACAAAGCUGGAGCAAUAAAGGUGGAUGAGUAUUCGCGCACAAGCAUACCUAGUAUAUGGGCUGUGGGUGAUGUCACAAACAGAAUGAAUCUUACACCGGUGGCCUUGAUGGAGGCAUCAUGCUUUGCAAAAACAGUAUUUAAUGGGCAAACAAGCAAGCCAGACUACAGUAAUAUUGCAUGUGCGGUGUUUAGCAUUCCACCACUUUCUGUAGUAGGUCUCAGUGAGGAGCAGGCAAUAGAGCAAACCAAAGGUGAUCUGUUGAUUUUUACAUCAACCUUCAAUCCUAUGAAAAACACCAUCUCUGGGCGACAAGAAAAAACUGUCAUGAAGCUUGUUGUUGAUGCUGAGACAGAUAAGGUUCUUGGAGCCUCGAUGUGUGGACCUGAUGCACCUGAAAUUAUACAGGGUAUUUCUAUUGCAUUGAAGUGUGGAGCUACCAAGGCACAGUUUGACAGCACGGUGGGAAUACACCCAUCGGCUGCAGAAGAAUUUGUAACCAUGCGGACAGUGACACGGCGCGUUACUGGAACUGGCAAACCCAAGACCAAUUUGUAAGAUGUCUUAAUGAAAAUAAUUUCUGUUUGCUGGGUAGUGUAAAGCUGCAAAUUACUUCCUUUGGUGACCUUUCAAUAAAAUGGGUUUUUUAUUUAUCAAAUAUCAUUCUAUUUCACAUUCCAUAGUGGAAACAGUUUGGUUCAUUAUGUAAGAAUGUUAUAUAAAUUAGGACUUGUUUGAUGCAGUGAAGGACCAAUAUAUUUAGAGUUGAAUAUAUUUUUUAUUCCCUUGAAUUUGAGUUAAUUUUGUUUUA